CUCGUUGAUAUUUCCCAGAACGAAUCUAAUUAUUCCAUCAUGUCUCACUUCUGGUCACACAGUCGCUCUGGCGUGGAGGGGAGAACAGUAGGAGAAGAUCAUUCUGCUGAUCCCAGCACCUUUUGGUUAUUAAGGGAAGCACCGGCACCUCCUUGAUCGGCUCCCUCCUCCCUUUUUGCCAAUCGCCAUCCCACGACAGCCUACCCGGAGGAGAGGAUUCGGGGAGGGGAAAGAGAGGACACACCCGCACAUACUGUACGCGGUGUACACGGCAAGGAUGCUGCAGACAACAUGAGGUGAAAAUCAUCGACUGUCUAAAUUUGGAAAUCCAUAUUUUUUUUCCAGACCUGCUCUGGAGAUUGAAGACCUGCUUGUCGCAGCUGGUUAUUCACCUUCCGAAAACCAGCGGGAGCAUCAACUCUUAUCCAGAAUUGAAAAGAUGUCUGUAGUCAGAUCCUAGGUGACAUCCUGUGGCCGUCAGGUCCAUAUGGUGUUGAGCCCCCUCCCUCUCCUGACCCCCACCUGCAGUUCUUCAGGCUGCAGGACCCAGACUCACUGAAAAGUGCAGGCCUCCUCCCCCUGCAGAAUGACUGUUGCCACAGGCGACCCCUCUGACGAGGCGGCCGCACACCCGGGGCAUCCACAGGACUACGACCCAGAGGCUGACCAUGAGUGUUGUGAGAGGGUGGUAAUUAACAUCUCAGGACUGCGCUUUGAGACACAACUCAAAACCCUCUCACAGUUCCCAGAGACUCUGCUGGGGGACCCCAAAAAGAGGAUGCGCUACUUUGACCCACUUAGGAAUGAGUACUUUUUUGACAGGAACAGACCCAGCUUUGACGCCAUAUUGUAUUAUUAUCAAUCAGGAGGCCGAUUGAGAAGGCCGGUGAAUGUCACCCUUGAUAUUUUCUCAGAGGAGAUUCGCUUUUAUGAGCUGGGCGAGGAGGCCAUUGAGAUGUUCAGAGAAGACGAGGGUUUCAUCAAGGAGGAGGAGCGCCCUCUUCCUGACAACGAGUUUCAGAGACAGGUGUGGCUACUGUUUGAGUACCCAGAGAGCUCAGGUCCUGCUAGGAUUAUUGCCAUAAUCUCUGUCAUGGUAAUUCUGAUAUCUAUUGUCAGCUUCUGCUUAGAGACACUCCCCAUUUUCCGCAAUGAUGAAGAUGAAAUGCACAAGUCUCAUGCGGAAGUGUUUUCGCCUGAGACCAACACCACAAUCAUCAGCUAUACAUCCACCUACUUCACUGACCCCUUCUUUAUCUUGGAGACUCUUUGCAUUAUAUGGUUUUCUUUUGAGUUUCUAGUGCGCUUCUUUGCCUGCCCAAGUAAAGCAGGCUUUUUUGGUAAUAUAAUGAACAUUAUUGAUAUUGUGGCCAUCAUCCCCUACUUCAUCACUCUUGGUACAGAGUUAGCGGACAGGCCAGAAGAUGGUCAGGCGGGUCAGCAAGCCAUGUCUUUAGCCAUUCUCAGGGUCAUUCGCUUAGUUCGAGUCUUCAGAAUUUUCAAGCUGUCCCGUCACUCCAAGGGGCUUCAGAUUUUAGGUCAGACCCUGAAAGCCAGCAUGAGAGAGCUUGGCCUCCUAAUUUUCUUCCUCUUUAUAGGAGUCAUUCUCUUCUCCAGUGCUGUGUACUUUGCUGAAGCAGAUGAGCCUGAGUCACAGUUUGAGAGCAUCCCAGACGCAUUUUGGUGGGCUGUGGUGUCUAUGACAACAGUCGGCUAUGGUGAUAUGGUCCCAACUACAAUUGGCGGCAAGAUUGUGGGUUCCCUCUGUGCUAUUGCAGGUGUGCUGACCAUUGCCUUGCCAGUGCCUGUCAUUGUGUCUAACUUUAACUACUUUUAUCAUCGUGAGACUGAAGGUGAAGAGCAGGCUCAGUAUUUGCAGGUCAAUGUGCCCAAAGCUGAUUCAACUGAGGAGCUGAAGAAGAGCCGGAGCGGCUCCACCAUCAGUAAAUCGGAUUACAUGGAGAUCCAGGAGGCUGUGAACAACAGCAAUGAGGACUUUCAGGAGGAGAACCUUAAGACAGCCAACUGCACCCUGGCAAACACAAACUAUGUAAACAUCACCAAAAUGCUCACAGACGUGUAGUCAUCUGGUAUUUUCCUCCCAGUCACAGUGGGAAAUGUAGAGCUGAGCAACUGGAUGGGACAGAUGUACAUCCUCCCACCUCCUGUGUGCUGGAAAAAUCAAGGCAAUAGCAUUCAGAAUGUUGAUGAUGAUUGACUAAAGAAUAUUGCAAAUACCAUUUCUUCCCUCCCUCUGCACUCAUCCUGUCAUCACUCCUCACAGUUUACCCCCUAAAAAAAUGUCAAGAGUGAAAUUUAAAAUGUUGCAUUUCUGCAUGGAGUUGGCUUUAUCUGUGUAGCUGCUUAAAAACGAUAACAAUAUUCAGAAAUGAUCAACUGUGGCCAACGGUAGUGCACCAAAAGAAAAGGAGAAAAAAGAGCUUUAAAAAAAAAAAAAAGAAAUCCUGCUUUAGACCCUAUCCCUUCACCCCUCAUUUCCCAAGGCACUUUCCUCUACCAUGCACUUUCUGAAGAGCAUGUCAUGUGCUACAUAUGCUGCUUCUUGGAGCCAAUGAAACAAAACUGUCUUAUGCUUCACCAUUUAGAGAUAAAAGGAUGUGUGAGCAUAAAGCAAGCCCACUCCAGCGCUGAUCUGGCCUGUGGGUGACUUGUGACGAGGUUGGUGGUUAAGAAACACCAUAUUAUUUCAAGGAUGAAUGACAGCCAUCAGCGCUCAGCUUGUGGUUCGACACCUUUCUUCCCUGUAGACAUCAGUAUCUGAUGAAUGGACUGAGAAUGGCCUUGAAUUUUCACUGCUUUGGUCUUAUAUGUACUUUAUGUAUUGCAAUGCAAGCUUCCCCACCUCCAUUCACCCAAACUGGUCUUACUGCAGAGCUUUGAGACAACUUGAAUGUUUUUUUUUUUUUCUUUUGUGGUUUUUCACAGUUUCACACAUACAAUACUUAUUCAUAUUGUUAGGUAGCGUAACUGUGACUUAACCGAUAGCCAUUAGGUAGGUAGGUGCUGUACCAAUUAAAUGUAGUCAGUAGAUUACUGCAUGAAAUUUUUAUCUGAACGAGAAGUCCCACUUGUUUCUCAACUGCCACUUGCUUCACCUCACCACUGUAUAUUUGUCUGUACACUGCCUUCUGUACAAAUUUACACUUAAAAGGAUGCCUGCAGGUAGAUGUUCCAAUAACUAAACUGUGUGAUUGAGAUUUUUUGACAAGAAUAAUCAUGUCACCAGUUUUCUACACUUAACAGGAUGUGUAACAAUGUUAACAUUCCAUGUAGACAUCAUUGCCAUUUAACUUUUGCCAGGUUGCUGUAAACAAGAGCUGCGAGUUUGGCCACUAACUGACACUCUAGUAUUGGAAAUUUAUCCCAGCCACAGAUGUGACUCGCAGCGGUGUGUUUUCACAAGUUCAUCACAUUGAGUUGUCAUGAUCAAAACACCAACUUUUAAGGAGUUGUGUAUAGAGAAACGCUUCCCCCAAACUGCCUUUUUCUGGGUUUACGCUGCUCUCCUAGUGUUGCAUGACCUCAAAAACAUUCCUAGCAUGCAUUUAAACUCGAAGAAGCCUCGAAGACUAAAAAAAAGUAAGAUGAUUACUAUAGGUAUAUUUAUUUCUUAUAUAUUAAAAAAAUAUAUGUAUACAGACAGAACAGAUAUACAGCACACAUAUACUUUUAACAGGAAAUUACUAAAUCUAUAAUAGCAAUGUUUAAGAAAAAGCAAGUCUCUCCACAAUGUGCAGAUCACUGACAUAUUUUCAUUUCUAAAAUGAACAGUAACUGUUCUGAGCACUGUUGUGUUCCUGUUUCAGAGCAUGUUCAGAGUGCCAAAGACACACUCUCACUAGCCAUCUAAAAACAUGUUUUCUCAUCUGGUAAGAUUUAAGAAAUAAAUAAACUAAGUACUUAAACCUAGAUGUUUGCUUUAGUAGAUUAAAAACUGCCCUCUGUGAA